AUGGACCAGGGUGAAGGCCAAGACGUACCUAGACAGCGAAACGUUUCCUUGCUGGUAACUAGCGUCUGGUUUGCUCGGCAGCGCCAAAUGACGGAUUUGGAAGGUGGUAUGGUUGUGAAUGAACAUACCAGCGCAUGGAUUCCAGCUCAAGUUCCUCUCCUAGCCCUAGAAUCCUGUCAAACUAUCUUCAAUCAUAGCAGGAUGCCUCUACAAAUGAGAGCGGCCACCGACGCCGACACAGACGCCAUUGCCCGUCUGGCCACCAUCGCCUUUGACCCGGCCACUGACGCCAUCGCUCGGAACCUCUUUCCGAAGCGCCUGCAACCGGCGGUGCCCCGGCUCGAGGACCCUGCCAUUGCGUGGAGGCGCACGCGCAAGGGCCUCAAGAUGCACACGGAGCGCAUCAUCCUCAUGGUAGUAACGGACGACGAGCUCGACGACCAGAUUGUCGGCUUCUCCAUGUGGGAGGAGCCGCUGCCAGACGGCCAGCAGGGCGAGUCCAUGACCAAGGGGCUUGUCCCGUGCGAGACGUUAGACGAGGAGGCAUAUCAGGAGCUGCGCUGCGCGAGCGGAGCGGCCACGAAUGAAUCUCUCGGCAAGGAUGGCUCGAAUCACAUGUGGUAUCUUGACUACCUUGGAGUCGACCCAGGCCAACAGCGUAGAGGAAUCGGAAAGAUGCUACUUGAAUGGGGCAUGGAAAAGGCACGGGAGCAAAAUAGAGACGCAUUUUUGAUUGCGACGCCAGCAGGUAUUCCGCUCUAUCUAGCAGCUGGCUUUGAAAGCCUUGGUUCCUUUAUGUUGUUUGACACACCACAUAGCUGCAUGAUCAAGAGGCGGCCGGAGCCAUAG